GUAAAUUGAGAAUCUUGAAAUGUUUUGAAGCAAACUACACAGCCAAGCAGAAAAAGAAAUUGGAUUUAAUACUUCAAGAAAGCGAGGGUUAAAUCGAAAAACUAGAAGGUCAACCCUGGUCAAACAAAAACCCUUGCUUUUUCCUCCUCUCUGGAUCCAUCUCUCUCCGCCUCGUCUCCACUUCCGGCCACCGGCCGGCAUCUCCUGCCGGCGAAGCAGACAAAGACGAAGAUGAUUCCCACCUCUCCUCUCGUCGCCGGUGAUUCCUCCUCUCCGAUGCCAAACUCACAUGAAAUAAAGCCAUCAUUGCUUUCUAUUCUCAUGAUACUUACUUUUGCAGCAGAUUAAAAGAAAUUUGAAGUUUUAAUGGCAAAAGAUUUGAAAUUGUGGAAUUCAGCAGGGUGGCAGUUUCCAAAGAUGGUGAAAAACUCCUGUGGAGAGUGUUGGAGGACCUUUUUUUGGCUUUUUGUCUCAGAUGCUUAUUAUAGAAACAAUGGAAGACAGGGGCUUGCAUCACUGCAGCCUUAAAAGUCCAGAGAAGAUGUUCACUUUGAUUCUCACUUCUCAGCUUUGUUUAGGGUUUGAUAGCGUGCAAGUGAUCACGGGCGACACUGAGGGUUUCUUUUGCCGCAACGCCUCACAGGGGAAGAGAUACGCAGAAGAGAAAGCUCAAGCCUUGAAGGAGGGUUCUCAUCUUCAUCGCUGUACCAUACACAAGCAUGAAUGGAACACCGAGGCUCGAGUUCAUCAAGGUUCUUCUUAGUGGUUCUAGAUUUCGCAUUCCAUCAGCAUUUGUUGGGCAUGUUAUCGAUGACAACCACGGAAAAGCCAUGAUAUUCUUGGCUGAUAAAUUUUGGCACAUAAAAGUUCAAAAAACCGAAGAAGGUUUAUUCUUCACAGAUGGUUGGGAAGAAAUGAUCAAAGCCCAUGGCCUCAGUGAGGGAUGCAUUCUUUCCUUUUGUUAUGAGGGUAACAUGGUUUUUACUCUAAAGGUCUUUGGUCAUGAUGCUUGCCGAAUCAACAAUUUCUCUAUUAAUAGCGAGGGCUUCAAAAACAGAAAUGCAUAUGUGGAAUUUAAUGGCAUCGGUGAAGAUUCAAACCGUCUUGGCCAGAUUCCUUCGGCCAACAACUGUGAUGAAACCAAUGUCGCUUCUCCAUCUGUGCCGCCAGCACAUUCUUUAUCAGGAAUAAAAUCAGAGGACGAAACCAGUUGCACUAAGAAUAUAAUUCAGUAUAAGAAAAAGAUACACAGAACUAACUUGGUUCACGGCAGAAUUGGUGUCCCUCUUUGGGUCUGCGCAUCAACUGGCCUCAAAUCAUCUCACGAUGUGACUAUUAGGGGUCCGGACAGGAGGUUGUGGACCAUUUUUUUUUCAUACAGUCCGCAAACACCUAGAUUGGGAAAAGGUUGGAGUGAGUUUUGCGAGCACCACAAAUUGGAAAUUGGUGACUUAUGCAUCUUCACUCAUGUUUCAAAACGAGACAAGUUGUUUGAUGUUCAGAUCAAGCGUGCGUCUCAUGAGAGAGCUUCGACAUCAUAUGAAGAUGAAGUGUAGGUCUCACAAGUGAGCUCGAACAUUGUUCUACUUCUGUCUUACUGUUUAAGUCUGAAUUCUAAACUAAUGUUUGCUGUUUACUUGAAUCGACUUCAUGCUAUUCUGCUUUGUAUUAUGGACUUAGCAUGGUGUUUGUGACUCCACCGUUUGCAACGGGUACGAUUUAUGAAUCAAUUCAGUAAAUUUGUGUUACUUUUAAGCUUAGCA